UAUUAUACUGGAGAUUACGUCACAGUUUGUUUAUUUUGCAGCAGUCCAUCAUGGCCAUGGCAUUCAACUCUUCCAGUGGUGGCAAGGAAUGCCAAGAGAAGCUAUACCUGGGGCCUCCUAAUCUCAAAAAGCACAAAGUGCUACCAAAAGAUGUUGCAGCCAAUCUAAGAAAGGAGUACAUUUCUCCUUCUCUAAGUGUUCACUACUCAAAAGUUGGUGCAUUGGACAUUGUUUAUGGGAAGGGAGCCUACCUUUAUGACGAGAAAGAUCAACCUUACCUGGACUGUAUCAACAAUGUCACUCAGGUUGGGCACUGCCACGCACGUAUUGUGAAAGCAUUCGCAUCACAAGUUUCCACGCUCUCCUGUGACCAUUAUACUAACUCAGACCUACGAGAGAAGUACACAACUCACCUUCUCUCUCAUUUCCCAAAAUCUUUUGGCUAUGUUUUUUACACCAACUCAGGAACCGAGGCUAAUGACCUGGCUCUCCACAUAGCAGAGUGUGUGACUGGGCACACAGAGGUUAUAGCUUUAGAAGGUGCCUAUCACGGCCACUCAAAACACCUCAUUGGACUGAGCACGUACAAGCUACGACAGCAAAACAAAGAGUCUUCAUCGAGGGUCAACCCCCAUGCUUGGGUGGCACCGGUACCCGAUAACUUUAGAGGGAUCCACAAGGGUGAAGGUGCAGGCCAGAUGUAUGCUGAUGAGAUAGAGGGCAUUAUUACUAAAGCACAAGAUCAAGGAAAGCAGGUUGCCAGCUUCAUUGCUGAGGCAUUUCUAGGUUGUGCCGGUCAGGUUCAACUUCCUGAAGGAUACCUCAAAGCUUCUUUUGGAUAUGUACGCAAGGCUGGUGGGCUGUGUAUCAUCGAUGAGGUACAAACAGGUUUUGGACGAGCUGGAGAUUACUUUUGGCUGCAUGAAUCUCAGGGUGUGGUACCGGACAUGGUCACCAUCGGUAAGCCCAUGGGCAAUGGCCAUCCUAUCUCUGCUGUUGUUACCACUCAGGAGAUCGCAGAACGUUACAAGAAAGUAAUUGGAGAAGAUGCUAUGCAACUAUACCGUGGAAAUCCAGUGUCACUGGCCGUGGCUGAGGCGGUUCUCACAACCAUUGAAGUGGAGGAGAUGCAAGCCAACGCCAAGAACCUAGGGGGAUACGUGAAGAGGAAGAUAUCUGAUAUGAUGGACAGGCAUUCUUGCAUAGGAGACAUAAGGGGUUUUGGUUUGUUCCUUGGUGUCGAGAUAGUGAAGGACAGGACUAGUAGGGAGCCAGACGGGACUCUGUGCGCCAACAUUGUCCACAAAGUGCUGCUGGAGCACCACAUAAUGAUCAAAGAGGACGGCAUGGAGAACAACGUGAUUAAGAUCAAGCCUCCUCUCUGUUUCUCUCAAAAAGAUGCUGACAAGUUAUUGACUGCCUUAGACAAGGUCAUGACUGGCUUAGGAGUGUAAAAUACAGUCUAUCCUCAAUAUUGUAGCGUAUAUACAUAGUCAUGCAUUCAUUUUUCAAAUAUUAUACAAGUAAGUAGACUAUAAUUAAGUAGCAACUGCACUGCAACGAGUAUUGUUGAGUUGAGUAUUAUUUUGUCAGAAUCAGCA